AUAUGCAUGGUAGUAUGAUGGUAAUACAUGCAAACUAAUAACGGUAGAUCUAUCUCUUUCGUUGAUAUUGAUAUGUAAAACUAUCAAUUCUCAGACCUGUAUAGGUAGUGGUGUGAGUAAUGUUAAAGAUGUAAGUGAUGGCAUCUGGUGUGUCAGUAGUGGUGUACAGGUGGUGGUAUGGGUUGUAUAGGUGGUGGUAUGUGGUGUUUGAGUGGUGUAUAGGUGGUGGUAAGUGGUGUAUGAGUGGUGGUAUGUGGUGUAUAGGUGGUGGUAUGUGGUGUUAAUGGAAAUGUGAGUGGUGGUAUGGUGGUGUUAAUGGAAAUAUGCAUGGUAGUAUGAUGGUAAUACAUGCAAACUAAUAACGGUAGAUCUAUCUCUUUCGUUGAUAUUGAUAUGUAAAACUAUCAAUUCUCAGACCUGUAUAGGUAGUGGUGUGAGUAAUGUUAAAGAAGAUGUAAGUGAUGGCAUCUGAUGUGCCAGUAGUGGUGUACAGGUGGUGGUAUGUGGUGUAUAGGUGGUGGUAAGUGGUGUAUGAGUGGUGGUAUGUGGUGUAUAGGUGGUGUUAAUGCAAAUGUGAGUGGUAGUAUGGUGGUGUUAAUGGAAAUGUGUGGGUGAUACAUGCAAAGUAAUAACGGUAGAUCUAUCUCUUUCGUUGAUAUUGAUAUGUAAAACUAUCAAUUCUCAGACCUGUAUAGGUAGUGGUGUGAUUGGUGUAGAAAAAAACGGUGUUAAAACACAAGUGUUAGCAUCUGAUGUCCCAUUAGCUGUGUGUAAAUGAUGUUUAUGGAAAUGUGAAUGGUGGUACGUGGUGUAUAAGUGGUGGUAUGUGAUGUUAAUGAAAAUAAUGGUUGUGGUAUGUGGUGUUAACGAAAGUGUAGGUAGGGUGUAUGUGUGAUGUUAACGAAAGUGUGGAUGGUAGUAGUUGGCUGGUUAUUUCACGUCUUCCGAGAAAUGUUCACCCUUAUUAUACACCACUUGUGGAUGAAGUCCUAUGCUUGGUGGUUAUUACCCCUAGUUGUGAAGGCUCUUUAGCGUGCAAACGCCUACCGCCAUACGGUCUUCCGAAAGACCCGUAAAUGCGGUGCAUCUGGAGGACCAAUCACUACCAAUGUUUACGUCUGAGGUUGGCGAUGGCAUGAGGAGGAAUCGAAUUCAUGAACUUCUGGUUAGGAAGCGAACGCUCUACCAUUGAGCAAUGCAACCGGUAAUUGCGCGGUGGUGGUGGUGGUGAUGGAAGUAUAUAAAGAACCUAAAAGCCAGGAAUUAUUCAUUCACUUUUAUGCAUUCGAGCAGUUGACAUGAUUGAGUGCUCAGAGUGUCAUGCUUUAUUUUCCCGCAAAGAUGUCAUGAUGCGUCACAAAAGACUAAAACACGGGGACAGCGAUGAGGAAGAGGAUAUUGACAUGAGUGAUGUCUCUCCAACACAGAGUGAUACUGACAGUGGUGCAGAGGAAGAGAAUAUCGUCUUUCGCCAAAUGGCACAUAAAGCGCGAAAACAUAUUGCCGGGGAGUGGCAGAAGAGAUACGAGAAAUACUUGAACCAAAAUAUGUCAGAAAAGAAGGCUAGUAAGAAAGCAGACGAAAAGACCAAAGGAGAAACUUACCAACAGUUUAGAAAACUGUAUGAGCGGUUCCUUUACGAUCAGUAUCAGUUGCAAGAAGACACAACGCACGAACAGGUGACGGACGCCAUCGAUGAAUUUGUGUCCGACAAUCAUGGAUUAAAGAAAUCCAUUAAGAUAGCUCUUCGCAAACACAAAUAUUUACUUGAAUCUUACCUAUAUAAGUAUGACAAUGAUGAAGACGAGGAGGAGGAGGAGGAAGAAGACGAGGAGGAGGAGGAAGACUAACCGACGCGACAGAAUCACAUCUCUGUAUAACGAGAAACACCGUCUUUAAAAACUGAAUUCAUUCAAAUAUUAACCUGCAUCUACUUGAAGGAAAAAGCUACAUCAAAUGACAUAUGCAAUAAAUAAAAGUUGUAAACCUACAAAAAUGUGUUAUUUUUUAUCACAUGGGUAUUACGAAGCGAACUCACACAAGAUACUUUACAAGAUGGGCACCAGUAUGAAGAGACGGGAGUUGGUCAUUUUCAUCAUUUGAGUCAUCAUGGCUCAACGUGAAGGGUUUUAUUUUACGCUCCCCAGUGAUGGGUCUAAGGAAUCCUUUCCGAACAAUACGGCAGCUCAGUUUAAAAUCUUAUUACCCCAAUCCAUGGAUUUGACGGACGGGGAUUGGGAAGUCGGUUUAACCGAAAUGAUGUUUCCCAAUGCCUUGAAAAACAUUACAGUGGAAGAGGCUUAUUUCGAUAUCCUCGUCCCCGAAGAUUUCCUUCACCACGUCAAAAAUCCGGAUAUUUUCAAAUGGGGACGAUUUCGACUGGAAAAAGUCAAGCUGCUUCCUUUGAGGCAGUGUCCCGUACUGGUAGAAUGGCCCAAUACCCCCUGGACUCAGCUCAUCGAUAGCAAGAUGGCUAUCGUCCGAAUUCACUUCAGACCCGGAGCUUACGUUAAUUCCGCGGCUUUAAUCGACGAAAUCAACGAAGGACUGGCAGGAAGUAUGAAAAAGAUAUGGAAAACGAUGGGUAACCCCAAAGAAGAGAGUUUCAUGAAAUUAGUUUAUUGCGAAAAAUACGAGCGAAUCAUGUAUCAGUUUAAAGGGAAAACACUAAAAAAAAUCGCCUUGUGCAUUCGUUUCCCCUCAUCCUUAGCUUACAAGCUCGGUAUGGAUAGUCAGAAAUUCAUCCUUCCGAACGAAACCCUAACCAAAUGGAUCAACGUGACUUACUUGGGGAACAAUACCACGGAUGUCUACGAAAAUCUGAAAUCCAUGUACGUGUAUUGCGAUGUCGUGAACCCUCAAGUGGUGGGGUCCAACGAAUUGAAAUUAUUAAGGGUGGUCCCUUGUGCGUUUCACCUGGUGAACGGACAACAAGCCAAAUGGGAACCCAUCAGGGCCGAAUAUUUGAAACUGAGUAAAAAACAUUUCGAUACCAUCGACAUUCACAUCAUGACCUCUCUGGGUACCGUUAUGCCCUUUUUAAAUGGUAGAACACUAGUGAAACUUCAUUUCCGAAAGGUGUAUUGAAGAGAAAAGUCGUGUGACGAUGAAAUAUCAUCGCGGGGUCAGGCGUCAAAAAGGACACGGAUUAUUCACCAUUCUCCUCCCUUUGAUUGCUACUGCCAUAGCCGGAGCCGUCCAAGGAGGGAAAGGAAAGAAAAGAAAAAAGAGGGGUCGCAAAAAGUAUAAAAAGCGUGUUUAACACGAGACAGUCUCCACAAGAGUAUCCUAAUGGCUUAUUACAGCCUAAUACACGAAAGGCGAAUUUAACUAACAAUGAUCAAUCUCAUAACUCCCAUAAGCAAUACAAAAUAGAGAGAGCCUUGGAGGAGUAAGCAUCCCCUGGUGACCGGUCACACCCGCCUUGAGCCCUAUACCCUGAUCCGGUAAAAGGAGUUAUCCAUAGUCAAAAUCGGUGUCGAGAACGGUCGAACAUUUGACUAUCUAACGUAUGAGAAGUCUGUAUAGCUGACAUUAAAUACUCACCAGUGAAAAUGGUUCAGACCAUGCAUUGCCUUGUCAGAAAUCUAUUUAUUCCCCGAACUAGCCUGAGGAGAAAGCUGGGAAUACCCUCAUGACCCAAAGAAUAAAAAG